CUGAAGUUGACCUAUAUGAUGCCAUUCAGGAACUGAAUGAAAUCAGUUCAGGGCUCUCAAAUGCAGAUGAAGCAGCAGCUAUCAUUACUGGACACAGAUAUAUUGAUGAUGAGGUGGAUAUUUUCACAAACCGAUCAAGCAGACAAUCAGCCCAGAUGUCGAAAGCCAUAAAUAACCUGGCUCUUAGUUUUCAGUCGCUUCUAUCCACUACAGUACAUGAAGGAAAACAGAGCGCCAAUGAACAGGUUCAAGCUCAACACAAACGAAAUCAGAAGAAACGACUGGAGAGGAUUUUAAUGGAAGCACAGCCCAUCAAUACACAAAUACUGCAUUGCAGAGACGUGUGGGAUUUGGAUAUGACUGAUCGGGAAUCUUUGUACAAGACAUGGGUAACAGCGUAUCAGCACCACUGGAAAGUAUCUAUUAAAGAUAAAGAACAGGAAUACAGGCAGUUAUCCCAGAGACGAAAGGAAGUAUUAAGGGAAGAGGAUAAAGACAUUCUCUCUCAAGCAGACAUCAUUGGAAUGACAACUACAGGAGCUGCAAAACAUGCAAGUCUUCUUGAAGCUGUAGCACCUCGUAUUGUCAUAGUAGAGGAGGCGGCUGAAGUUUUGGAGUCCCACAUAAUCACAACCCUCAACCCUGAGUGCCAACAACUCAUUCUAAUAGGAGACCACCAACAGCUGAGACCAAACCCUACAGUCUACGAACUGGCCAGGAAAUACAAUCUUGACAUAUCGCUGUUUGAACGACUGGUAAAGAAUGGGCUACAUCAUGUGACUUUAGAAUUGCAACAUAGGAUGAGACCAGAGAUAUCUGUUCUAAUGAAACACAUUUACCCGAAAUUAAAAGAUCACAUCUCAGUUACAGAAUGUAACUCUAUCCGUGGUGUUGACAAGAACGUGUUCUUCCUAUCCCACCAACAUAGGGAACACCAUCUAAAUGAAACUAUGAGCAAGUCAAAUGAACAUGAAGCAUCUUUUAUUGUAGCCUUGUGUCGGUACUUUCUGCUCCAGGGCUACGAAGCAUCAGACAUCACAAUACUUGCUGCUUAUACUGGACAGAUCUCACUAAUCAAAAGACACAUGGGAAAGGAGAUUGACCUGUUCCAAGAUGUCCGUUUGACUUCUGUUGACAAUUUUCAAGGAGAAGAAUGCAAGAUUGUCCUUUUGUCAUUUGUCCGCAGCAAUGAGGAAGGGUCUGUUGGCUUCUUGAGUAUUGACAAUAGGAUUUGUGUUGCGCUCUCACGAGCAAGGGAAGGGAUGUUUGCUGUUGGGAAUUUCCAUCUAUUUGCAGAGAAAAGCCCAUUGUGGGCUAGUAUUGUAGGGACUCUACAAUCAACAAACUCUAUUGGUCCACACAUGCUAUUAAGGUGUACGAACCAUCCAGAAAUGACAAUUUCAGUCUCAAGUGCAAGGGACUUUGAGAAAGCUCCCAGUGGUGGAUGUACAAAGAGCUGCGGUGUCAGACUAAAGUGUGGUCACACGUGUGACAAACUUUGUCAUGUAAAUGACAUAGAACAUACAGAGCAUCCAUGUACCAAAUUAUGCAUGGUGCGUCUGUCCUGCGGGCACAGAUGCGCUGGUAUUUGUGGAGAAUGUGCCGAAAAUUCACUGCAUGCUGGGAUAAAGGUGACUAAAUGGAUACAGUUUGGCCACAAUGAAUCAAGACCUUGCAUUUUGCCGAAGUGCGUCGGACGCUGUGCACGGCCUCUUCCCUGUGGCCAUCCAUGCAAAGGGAUUUGUGGAGACUGCACACGAAAUGGCUGCAUGGAAAAGUGUGAUGAGAUAGUCAAUGUAACACUGACAUGUGGACACGUUUAUCAGAUGCAGUGUCUAGUCUCAAAGAAAAGCUACAAAUGCUCUCGCAAAUGUGAGCAGCAACUCGCUUGUGGACACAAAUGCAUGCAGACCUGCAGCCAGUGCAGAAUGGUUGGUCAUGUUAAGAAGUGUGUUGUCGCAACGAAACAUACAUUUCCAUGUGGACAUGCUAUUAAGACUGAAUGUCACAGUUCAGGUUUACAAAAGAGAUGUCUACAGCCUUGUACAAAGCUACGUCCCUGUGGCCAUCCAUGCAAAGGGAUUUGUGGAGACUGCGCACGAAAUGGCUGCAUGGAAAAGUGUGAUGAGAUAGUCAAUGUAACACUGAAAUGUGGACACGUUUCUCCGAUGCAGUGUCAAGUUUCAAAGAAAAGCUACUCAUGCUUUGGCAAAUGUGAGGAGCAACUCGCUUGUGGACACAAAUGCAUGCAGACCUGCAGCCUGUGCAGUAUAUUUGGUCAUGUUCAGAAAUGUCGUCAUAAAUGUGAGCAAUAACUGGAUUGAGGACACAAGUAAUUUAAAAACUGUAGCUAAUGUAAUUUGUUCUGGUAUGUUACGUGUGCUGUUACGAGAAACAAGAGACUUAAAAAACUAUGAAUCGACCUUAAAAGGAGAUAACACGACGCUAAUCGAAAUGGCUAGCUCAGCAAGAUAACAUGAGACCAAACCGGACAAUCGACCAGUCACGAUCUGAGCUAGGAUUGGUCUUAUCACCUUGGUGGAAUGGUCCAAGAAUGUCAUUGUGUAUGAAUUACGUAGAUAGAUGAUGAUGCUGUCAAUCAGUGGAUUGUCUGGUCCAGACUGGAUUAUUUGUAGAUCUCCGCUCUAAUAUUGUGUCGGCAAACACCAAACAGAACCCGACAAUCACUAUUAUGGUGUGAUAGGAGACUAACAGUUUGCAAUAAUGACAGCAGAAUGUCAUUAUAUAUACCUGUAAACAGCAUUUACGAAACAGGAUGUCCUACCAUUGCUUAAUUCUUAUAGGAGUAUUAUGUAUUACCUCAGGCUAAAGAUAAGAUGAAACAAAACUUCGAUUGCCAUUUAAAAGAUUAUUUAACAUGAAUGCAUAAGAGUUCGUAUGGCUGAAAACAUGGCCUGAUGAAGGUACAAAAAAAUGUCAAUGAAAUAUCACGUCGAAGAGUGAUGAAACUGUUUUCUAUGAAAGGUUCCAUGUCAUCAUCACAAAAUGGGCCAACAAAGUCAAGUUGUGCUGCCUUUUUAAUACAUGUUUAACAUUCA